AUGGACCAAGUAGGCCAGCUCUCUGAUGAUGAAUAUGAAGUCCCCGCGGGUGCGCUGGUUGCGCUGUCAGAUGAUGAUGCUAGGGGCGGGGACGUUGUAGUACCUCCUCAAAGGGUGACCAAGAACAAGAGAAAACGAAAGAGCCGAGACAGCUUGACUGCGAAGUCUGACUCCGCGCUGGAGCAAGCGGCCUCGAGGUUAAGACAGGCGGUUGCGCAGCGGUGCAGCUGCAAAACGCAAUGCCGCAAGCCGUUCAAAGAUGAUACGGCGUGCUUUGAAAGCAUGCUUAGGCAGAGAGUCCGCUUGCUGAAGAUGGACAAACUUCAGGCGGACGAGGAGGCCAUCCUGUGCGCACUGGGUCGAUUCUUUCUUCCAGCCCUAGUUUUUGGAACCCUGAGAGAGCAUUAUGAGCAGGGACAUGGACAAGCUCCUUUGGUUUUGAAUGGGCGCGAAGUUUGCCGGCAUGGAUUUCGCCUUCUCCUGGGCGUGGGAAAGCAGCGGUUUGAAAAGUUGAAUACUGCAGCUCGACUUGGAGAAGAGUGCCCUGGAGACAACAGAUUUGUUCCCAAAGAGCAUGAGACGCUUGGCUUCAAAAUGUGGGGUGAUACAGGUGGCGCUAAGCGCUAUAGGCUUGAAGGUGUGUCAUUGAGAUGUAUUUUUGUUGUGGUGGCUGUGAUCAUAGUGGUUGUGCUGUUAGGAACCCGCCUUGCCCUGCCAGAGCAGCGGUUCAAGCAGUAUAUGUCGGACGAGACCUACAAGCCGGUGACUAUCCUGCACGCUCCAAAUGCAAUGAGGCUUGCGCGCCAGCAGCUGGCGCCUCGUGCGCUGGCCUCCUUCGAAAGAAAUUGGGCAGAUCAUCACAAAUAUCGAAUUGCAGCCCAGGUGUGGGCAAGGGGGCUCAUGAGCUGGCCAAACGCGCUGGCGCUUGCAGAGUCGGCGUUUGGCGCUGAGGUUGAUGGCUGA